UAUAAAAAUGUUAAAACUUCUUUUCCUUACUUUCCUUUAUCUUUCAGUUAUAAAGUCGAAUCCAUUCUAUCUGCAUCGAGACUUAAGCAAGGAUUUUAACAUGACGUAUGGAUAUCCCCAAGAUGGAGAAAAGACUCGGAUCCAGUUUGAAGCGUAUACAGAUACCACUAUGACAAGCUCUACAAGAUCAACAGUGAUUUGUAUUGAUACAAAUUCUACUACUUUUACUGUAUCUGAUGGGAGCACCAAAAAUGCCUUUGGGAUGAGCUUCUACUGUAGCCAAGCUAGCUGAACUAAUUCUAGCCAAGUCAGCACACAAUUCUUUGGAUCACAAGUAACGUAUAGCUCAGGUCAUUAUAUUUGGACACAUACCACUAAUUAUGACAUUGAACCGAUGAAGAGAGGGUCUAUCUCAGGUGAUGGAACUAUUUUAAAGACUGUAUAUGGUCUUGAUACAGCAUAUCAUGGAUGGUCUAAAAUCCCAGCUGUCGGACAGGUAGUUUACCUAAAAUGUUUCGCUGAAUUCAUGGCUGGAAAUUCACAAGUCAAUAUAAACAACUCUCUUACGCUAACUAGCUGGGGAACUUCUGAUGUCGUAGUAAAUGUAACAACAAAUGAUUUCCAAUGUCUACAGAAUAGUACAACUUGAAGUGCUUACUUAACCAAAGUAAUUACAGUAGGCCUUCUUGUGCUAGUUUCAUCCAUAAUUUAUUAAACCUCAAGAUUGA